UGGGGGAAAUGGUGCCAGUCUGGGGGCGGUGCGUGGAGUGCCCGGAACGGAUCGGGCCCAGGCUGCCUGGCGGUUGCAGCGCGUCCACUCGCUCCACUUGCGUCAUCUUGACCCCGUGGCCUUCACCUGGCCAGUCUCUGUACACUCGCACCCCGCCCUCACUGCAACUGCCCUGGCAGGGCUCCGGGGCGGCUCAGCCCUGGAGGCAGCAGGUGCGGGCGCUGCCCUGUAUGAAGCUGUACCCGCUGCUCGCGGCUCCUCCCGGUCAGGCUCUGGAGCUGUGGCGACUGGGGCCUUGGGAGUGCAGCAGUGGCUGAUACUUACAAAGAAUUAACUGCCGCUCCUCAAAGGGGCUCGUUGGCAGAGUCUCUUCACCUCCCCAAAACGUGCUAGGCCCUGCGGGGAAGGUUGGGAUUGUUCCCAAAGGACACUCCUUGGCAGACUCUGAGGUUGGCAUGAUCGCGUUUAUCUUGAAUCAGUACAAUUUACCCUCCUAGGAGGACUUGGUUUGUGCCUACGUGGAGCCCUCAGAGAUAAAGCACCGCCCCAGGUGCCAAGUGAGACAGAGGUUAAAGAAUAUCAAAAUAGGAAAGGCUGAAGAAAAUCAAAAUAGGAAAGGUGAAGUUUCAGGACAAUCAAAGUGGCUACACCUACUAUCCACCUUUUCCUCACUUGGCGAUUUCUAGAACUAUGGACAGGCUUCCCUGGGUGGCAGGAGAAUGGGGCACUGGUUCUGUGAAGGCAAGCAGACUCCCCAUUCUACUUUGGAUGGGGGAGUGGUUUUAGACUCAAAAAGGAUGGGAAGAAAGGAUGCGUCUGCCGCAAGAAUUCCUGUUGAGCAAUACAGGAAACAAAUAGGAAAACAAGAUUACAAGAAAAGCAGGCCAGUGUUAAGAGCAACAAGAUUAAAGGCAGAGGCCAAGAAAACUGCACUGGGCAUAAAGGAUAUCCCCAAAUCCUGGCUCUGCGGACUCCAGCUUGUCCAGAAAGCAGCUGCCUAUCUUCUCACACAUACCAGGAAGCAAAAAUGCAUAACUCCCAUCUUCAGACACCUUGAGUGGCUCCCCAUUCAUUUCAGGAUCUAGUUCAAAAUUGCUUUCUUUUUUUUGCACUCUCCAAGGCCUUGCUUUGUUUGGCCUCACAGACCCUUUUUUCUGCUUAGCAUUGACUUACCCUCUGUUCACUCACACAAUCUCCUUCUCAUUGGUGUGGAUCUUCUCUAAUACAGUUCCUGCUUUCUGGAACAGCCUUCUCAGCUCUGCCAGCCUCUCUGUUUCUCUUCAGCUGACUCUUACUCAAAUAAUUCUUUCAUAACAAUGACGACACCAGCCACAAUAACCACAUCCCACCAACCAGCACAAGAAAAAAAAAGAAUCAUCUGAUUGGCCAUGCCUCAGUGGAUUAAACCACAUUUUUGAUCAUUACAUUGAUUGCUUCAGGAAAAAAAAUGACUGUGAAAUACUUAAACACCACAUCCACCAUAAUCUUUCCACCACCAAGAAGACAGCUAUACAGUCCCUGAAAUCCAACCUCCAGAUAGUGAUCCAACCAUCAGACAAAGGGGGUGGCAUCGUAGUCCUCAACUGUGAUGACAAUGGGGCCAACUGAAAACUCUCUGACACCACCUACUAUAAAGAACUCAAAGACCCCACCCCAGAGUUUGCCCAGGAUUUUAGUGGUAUCAUGAAAGCCUUCCAAAAACAAUUCCAAGAUAAAACACUACAACCUCAUCCCCUUGAACCUUCUAUGUGCUGCCUAAGAUACACAGACAAGGGAACCCAGCAAGUCCCAUCAUAUCUGGACACAACACUCUUACUAAGGGAAUACUGAGACUCAUAGAAACCAUCUCCAAACCAUUCACCACACAAAGGGCCAGCUUUCUCCAGGACACAAUCGACUUCCUACAGAAACUCCGCAACAUUUACAACCUCCCUGAGAACAUCAUCCUCGCCACCAUGACUGUCACUGCCCUAUACACCAACAGCCCUCAGAAUGUUGGCAUCUCUGCCGGCCUCAAAUAUCUACAAGACAAUGGACAACACCCAGAUAUCCAUUCCAAACAUUGCCAAACUCAUCCAUUUCAUCCUCACCUAUAACAAUUUUAUAAUGCACAUUUUUCCCAGACCAUAGGAACAGCCAUGAGUGAGUACUUGGAUGGCUCUCCAGUACCCCAACCUCUUCAUGGGCCAGCCUGAGGAAGAAUUUCUGGACAAAUGCACCACAAAACUAAUGCUAUACAUGAGAUACAUUGCUUUUUCAUCCUCUGGACAGAUGACCUAAAUUCCCUCAGAUUUCUACCACAACUUCAACUCAUCCAUUAAACUGUCUCUAGAGCAUUUCACACACCAGCAUCAACUUUCUGGACACCACAAUCAACAUCAACAAUGGAACUCUACAGACAACUACAUACAAGAAACCCACAGAUUGUAACAACUACAUGUCUCUAGAGCAUUCAAAGGCAUGUCUCCUUCUAGAGGCAUAUUGCCUUACCACGUUAAAAUUUUAGCCCUUGACAUUUCACCUCCAGAGAUGUUCCAAAAAUUCUUGCUGUAUUUUGGACAGAAAUCAUAAUGAUGUGAGGUAUGGUGCAAAGGUUUUACACUUGUUUGGAAUGACUCUGUAACUCAUGCAUGGUUUUGCCACUGGAGAAUAAUUUGGACAUCACAAAAUCAUGCUACUAAAACCUGUAUUUGUUGUGAUGCUUACAAAGAAAGUGACAAUGAUUAGACAGCUGGUGUGCUGAGACCAUUGCCUUUCAUGUAGACCAGAAUUAUCUCAUUGCUUCCUUGUGCUCCCUGUCUGUCUGUAUCCACCUGUUACCUCUUGUCUUAUCCUGACAUUGUAAACUGUUUGGUUACAAGGCCUGUCUAUUUAUUAUGUGUUUGGGCUGAUCCAUGACUGGGCUCCUAUGUGCUACUACUUACAAAUAGUAAAGACAGCAAACAAUCCUAUGGCACCUUAUAGACUAACAGACGUUUUGUAGCAUGAGCUUUCGUGCUCUGACGAAGUAGGUAUUCACCCACGAAAGCUCAUGUUCCAAAAUGUCUGUUAGUCUAUAAGGUGCCACAGGAUUCUUUGCUGCUUUUACAGAUCCAAACUAAAAUGGCUACCCCUCUGAUAAAUAGUAAAGAGUUAUAUUUAGACACUAUCACACUAGCAUCUAUAUUUUUCUCACACAGAUAUACAACAUGUAACAUAUGAGAGAGGACAUAUAGAAUGUUUGUACAUAUAAAGUGUGUGUGUUUCUUUCACAGACUGCGGGAGUGGCUGGAAGCCUAUAUCACCCCCAUCGUAAGCCUGCAGUGAAAGUCAUCCUAAUACUUCUGCUUAGUGAUUUUAAAUAGUUCAUAAACUGCUCAAAAAAAUGUGUUGUCAAACUCUGCAACUAAUUUACUUCUUCCAGUCUAUAAAACAAGAAAAGGAAACAUCUGUUUAAAUGGAAACAUCAUGGCACUGGGGAUUAAGCUUCUUUUCUUGUUUCUGCUGUUGUUCAUUGUCUUUAAUUGGCUUUAAAAGUUCAGAAAUGAAUGGCAUUGAUUAAUAAAUAGAAUCAUUUAUCAGUGUUUGAGAACACGGGCAAGCCUACAUACAAGAACAUGUUCUAUGACACUGUCAGCAUUUCUGAAAUAAAUUAAACAGAUGUGGGAACAUUCCA